AAUUCAAGUCAUGACACAUCAGCCGUGGGGGUUGGCUUUCCUCACCUCCACAAGGAUUUCUUGUGAUCAUGGAUUUUCUCUAGUUCUUGUAGAACAAGCAUAAGGCCCUCAGCGUCGUCCCGGAGAUUGCGACGGCUCCCGGUGAUAGGGAUGAGAAUUCAAAUAGUAAGGGCAGCUUUCAAUGCCUAACUAUCCAAAAUUUGAGGCUUCCUCUCCUAUAUAUAUGUAUAUAUAUAUGUGCAUCAAAGCCUUCUCCUCUUGAGAAUUUAAGACUGUUAUAGCUUGCCUACUCCUCACAACGAAGCCUCGAGCAAGUCCCCCCUUGUACUGCAAUCUUUGAUCACCUUUGCCACCCCAUCCUCUUGCAACCUAUAUUUCUAUAUCUGCCUAUAUAUCCAGCUACCUAGUUAGCAACAUAUAGAUAAGAUGGGAUUGAGAGACAUUGAAUCCACACUUCCACCCGGGUUCAGGUUCUACCCAAGUGAUGAGGAGCUCGUUUGCCACUAUCUCUACAAGAAGGUGACUAACGAGAACAUCUCUGGGGGAACAUUGGUGGAGGUGGAUUUGCAUACUCGCGAGCCUUGGGAGCUUCCAGAUGUGGCCAAACUCAGUGCAAACGAGUGGUACUUCUUCAGUUUCCGGGACCGCAAGUAUGCCACUGGCUCACGAACCAAUCGCGCAACCAAGACUGGAUACUGGAAGGCCACUGGAAAAGAUCGGACGAUCCAUGAUCCUGCAACGUGUGCGAUCGUUGGUAUGAGGAAGACAUUGGUGUUCUACCGAGGGCGAGCUCCCAAUGGGGUAAAGACCGGUUGGGUCAUGCAUGAGUUCCGGUUGGAGACCCCACAUUCACCCCCAAAGGAGGACUGGGUGCUGUGUCGAGUUUUUCACAAAAGGAAAGGGGAGACAGAGCAGGAUAACAUUGGCUCCUCCUCUCCAAAUUUGGGUCCAUCCUCUUCUAUGGUGGACCAGCCCAUGCCAGAUGGGUACUAUGACCAGAUGAGCUCGUCGAUAGCCGCUGUCCCUCACCAAGAGGAGAGCAACUCAAACCCACUCCUCAAUUUGGCGCUGAUGCAGUGCAAUUUUCUUGACUUCCCACAGGAGAUGGGGAUGAGCUCAAGGGGAGGGGAUGAGUAUGGGUUCCUGUUGGAUAUGGGGUUUGAGGACCAUGACAUGGGGGAGGGGGCCAUGCCGAACCUAGGAGGUGUGAGAUUCCAAAAUGGCCAGGAUAAGCUAUAUUUUUAGAGGCUUUGGAUUCUAGCGAGGAGGUGGUUGUUGGGAGACGCAUGCUUCCAAACAAGACAUUCAUGUUAAUUUGGAUUUGAAGAGAAUGAUUGAGGUGGUAUGUGUAUACCUGUUACCUACUAGGUGAUCAUCUACACGGCAAUGUUGUUUUUUUUUUUUUUUAGUAAAUAUUACGGUUGUUGCAUCUAAUAAAAUUCUAUUUAUAUUA